AUGGCAGAAGUCCAAGUCCGCGGCAGCGGCACAAGAGGACGAGGCGGGUUCAGAGGCGGAAGAGGCGGUUUUAGAGGCGGCCGAAAUCCGAGCAGAACACACCACAAAGCCGACAACGAACAGGAAAACGUUCCUCCCGCAUCGCUGGAAGAUCAGGGCGAAAUCGGCGAAUUCAAGAGAAAGUUCGGCGACCAAGUACCUCUCUUGAGAGAGAUUUGCCCUGGCUGGAGUGAUGAAGAUCUGGUCUAUGCGCUCAACGAAACAGAUGGCGACUUGAACGCGGCUGUGGAUCGGAUCUCCUCUGGCACGAUUUCGCAGUGGGAAACCAAGAAGAAGCAUCCAAAGACCAAGGAAGCGCCUGCUGCGUCAACUGAAACUGGAAGCAGAGGUCGUGGCCGAGGUGGCUUCGAGGGUCGCGGAAGAGGUCGAGGCGCAGAACGUGGCGCUAGAGGCGGCCGUGGUGGCAAGGCAGUCGCUCAGACAAAUGGUACUAAGGACACCAAAGCGACAGACGGCUGGGAUACUGUUACCUCAACUCAACCCGGCGACGCUUCAGGCUGGGACACCGCGCCUACGAAUGGUGAUUCUGCUACAGCGAAUGACGACUGGGCACGUGAACCGGGCAAAGACGCGUUGACAUCUCUGCAGACCGAGGAACCAAAGCCAGCAUCCGCAGCUGCCCCUUCCACUGCGAAACCUGGAGGAUGGGCUGGAUUGUUUGCGAAGCCGCCCCCGGCUCCCAAGCAGGCGCCAGCACCACCACCCCCUGCCCAGAAGCCUGAAGCACCACCUGUCGAACCCGAGAUUGUGGUCGCUCCCGAAGCUGCCCAGACAGAGCCGGCUCUACCUCCGAUCGAAGUAGCACCAAGCGAAGGUGGCCCAAGUGAACUGCCUUCCGCGCCUCAUUCGGACACCGGAAAGGAUUUGACACCCGGAAAGGAUGAGCUCACUGAGAAGAAUUUGGAGAAAUUGCCAGACACAUCGCACCCAGUCGCAUCUGUCACCGCUGCCAGCACAGUCGCGAGCACUCAAGAUCCACUUGCUGCUCAGGACAGUGCUAAGCCUGCCCUUCGACCUGGGAUGUCGGGGUAUGCAGCGACAGCGCUAAAAGCCACGACCGGAGGCAACCGAUCCGCUAGUUACGCAAGGAAGGUCAUGGAGCAGCAAGAGGCAGUCGUGAUGCCAGGACACCAAGCCGUCGAAAAGGCAGCUGUUCAGUUCGGUAAAUUGGGAUUGAAUGCACCUGAUGACGUUGAUGUCGAUGAAGAGAGGGAAGAGCCCGAAACUCGGACUCAGCUUCCGGAUGACUCCCCAGUUGCCCCGCGAGCUUCCUUGCCGCCAUCACUGCCUGAGACGCAGCAGCCCACUCCCCCAGUUCAGGCUCAAGCGAUUGUCGAGAACCAGCCCAUCACGCAGCGACAAGCUCCUGGAUUGCCGCCAGCUCCCCAGCAGCCUCAACAGCCUUCGCCUCAAUCUUCAUCGGCCUAUGCUGAUCAGUAUAGGUAUGGCCAAGGUCAGAAGUACGAUCCUUUCGGUCAGCAGACGCAGAGCGCGCAGCCGCAAAGCCAAGAGGCUUUCUCCAACCAAGUUCCAGGACAGCCCGGCGCCGCCGCUUCCCAGAACGAUUACAGCGCAUACUACGGCCGGGAUGCCUACAAUUACUACGGUGGUUAUGCCCAGGGCCACGAGGCUCAUCGUGGUGCUGCAAGCAGUUUCGGUACCACUGCUCCUGAAUCGCAAGCUCAAUAUGCGACGGCGCGUCCUCAACAAGCUAUGAGUCAGGAUGCCCAGGGAAGCGGCCAUAACACUCCGGCACCAGGUAUACCCAGUCAGCACACCCAGCCCUCUGGCCAUCUGCAAAAUCAAGGUCACGGCUACCCUGGCUAUGGUUACCCCAAUGCCUACAGUCAGCAAUAUUCUCAGUACGGUGGGAACUACAUGAAUCAAAUGAAUCAUCGUUAUGGUUCCAACCGUCCUAUGUUUGAUGAUGCGCGUCGGUCGGACAGUGAUUACUACAGCAGUCAGUACAAUUACGGUCAGGGUCACUAUGGAGGCGCAUACAAUUCCAAGAUGUAUGGUCAGCCACAACAAGGUUAUUCUUAUGAGCACUCGUCGUCCCCCGCGAACGCCACUGGAUUAGCUCGUGAAGCAGGCUACGGACGAGCCGGUUCAGUUCAGCCCGCCGAGGCACAGCCCGGUGCUACUGGUAGCACAGCAUUUGGUGGCGCUCCCGAUCCCUUUGGUCGAACUUCUUCUGGUUUUGGACAAGCCCAACAGCAUGCGGCGCACUCUGGAAAUGACGACCCGGCCAAGGCAGCUGGACCGAGCCCUUCCAUGCAGGGUGGACGUCCUGGCUCUGCGGUCAAUAAUCUCCCUGGUCAACAAGCUGGUCUUCCUCCUCCAUCUCAACACUCUAAUCAACAGGCUUUCGGUGGCUAUCCUCAGUAUGGCGGGUUUGGUAGUCACCAGAGCACUCAUCAAAACACUGGAUAUGGCAGUUACGGAUCUAACACUGGCUUCGGCACUUACGGCGGGUAUGGUGGUGGCAGAGGUUGGAAUGGCAGCUACGGAUCGGGUCAUUAG